AUGACAUCCCGGUGCGAGCAUGACCAGCUUUGCUUGGCCCCGUCGAGUCACGCGCAGCUAGCAGGCUACACGCAGCGAACUCCACAGCGGCUAGUAGCAGCCACGCGUUCUUCCGGCCGAGCGCCCAAAUCGAAUGCGCAAGGGAACGUAUCCGCCGAGGCCUCGACAUUCCCUGCUCCGCUCGUGCUACCGGACGACGACCUGUCACUGGGCCCGAAAUACGACGACCAGAGUUUCAAGUCUUGGCUGCAAGAACCAGAGAGAAACCCAGUCACGGAUAAUAGGAGGACGGCGUAUGUGGUGCCCAAAGCUCCAAUUCCUCGUCCUGACCCAAAAGAGGUGGUGAAGUACCUCGCUGCAUUCUAUACCAAUCUCCCAGUGAAGUUGCUGUCCAAGCCCAAGCUCCAGUUCACGUCGUGGGACGACGCGCGACCUGCCAAGAAGCGCUCGAAAGCUUCGUCGCGCUCUCCAUCGAUUACCGAGCCUGGAGCUCCACACGCAACGAGCAUCCGUCUCGGGACGGACCUGAAGGAGCGGUGGGCGACUUUGUUGCAGAUGAAGCCGAUCAAGCUGCAGGCGGCGCAGUAUUACUUGAAAGAGAGAGGGCGCUUUGUGGAUGACACGAGUGCGUUCUCGUACUCCACGCGGUUUGUGGAGCAAGGUGGCUGCUACUGCGGCCAGGUGUACGAUGUCGUGCCGUUUGAAGGCGUGAGCUCCAUCAAGCUCGUCUACGAUGCUCUCUACCACUACUUCGCUAACAUGGAGAUCCGCGUUACUGAGAGCCUCGGAGAUAUUACGAUUCGCGAAGACGACGGCAGUUCAGAACCCGGAUGCGUCGGUCGUGCGGCGCCGAGAGCCCCGCCGAUCGGGCGGAUCCCAUUGAGCGAUUGCCCGGCGAUGGUGGAGAAGCGAGGGAGCACACGCAGCACGGCGACCGCGCCGCACACGCUCGAGUUCGCGCCGGCGUGCAAGCAGCUGUCACUGGUGCUGCUGGCUAUCUUCGUCAUCAGCUUCACGGUGACAUGGUACAAGGUCUGGUGGGACUCGCUCAUCGGAAUCGGUGUCAUGGCCUACGGCUACUGGGCGCUGCGCGACACCAACCCGGUCAACCUUGACGCAGCUCGAGUUCGACACUUCCAUUACGGCACCGUCCUGAGCCUGGUCUGCCACGUGAUCGCAAUGGGCGAAGUCACCUACUUCGUCAUCAAGAUCUACCUGCUGGACAAGAUCGUCCACGUGGAGGACAGCCCAGGCGUCCCGCUCUUCGUGUUCCUAUACUUGUUCCUGCUGUUCGAGAUCGGCGUCACGUCUUUCGGGGUGGAGCGGACGUACAACCUCUGCCAGGAGAUCUCGCGGAACGAGUACUUCCUGCAGAGCGAAGCGCGCGUGUGAGCGACCGACAUCCCAGUACAGUAGCGUUUCGGCAGGAUACACGGGCAAAGCUGUAGUGUCAGUACCUACGU